CCUUUUCUGUACAUUCCAGUCCCAAAUUUAAAAAAUUCAUUUAGUUUCUUACAAAUUCUCGAAGUUCAUCCAUUACCCAAUUUCCAUCACCCCCUUCACAAAACAAUUCAGACAAACCCAUUUUCAAUGGCCGGAUCCGGAUCCGUUUCCACCACCACCGUCAACGGCGACACCGAACCCGGAAAAAUAGCACUGAUCACUGGCAUAACCGGUCAAGACGGUUCAUACCUGACUGAAUUCCUCCUCAACAAAGGCUACGAGGUUCACGGCUUGAUCCGCCGAUCUUCAAACUUCAACACUCAGAGAAUAAACCACAUCUACAUCGACCCGCACAAUACUCACAAGGCCCGAAUGAAGCUCCACUACGCCGAUCUCACCGACGCCUCGUCACUCCGGCGAUGGCUCGACAUCAUUGCCCCCGACGAAGUCUACAAUCUCGCCGCUCAAUCACACGUGGCAGUGUCCUUCGAGAUUCCCGAUUACACCGCCGACGUCGUCGCCACCGGCGCUCUGCGUUUACUCGAAGCUGUCAGAUCUCAUAUCGACGCCACCGGGCGGAAGCAAGUUCGGUAUUACCAGGCGGGAUCGUCGGAGAUGUUUGGAUCUACUCCGCCUCCGCAGGCGGAGGACACUCCGUUCCAUCCCAGAUCCCCGUACGCCGCUUCGAAAUGCGCGGCCCAUUGGUACACUGUGAACUACAGGGAAGCGUACGGGGUGUACGCCUGUAACGGAAUACUGUUUAACCACGAGUCGCCGCGGAGAGGAGAGAAUUUCGUGACGAGGAAGAUCACCAGAGCGGUCGGCCGGAUUAAAAUCGGGCUUCAGAGUAAGCUGUUUUUAGGUAAUUUGAGCGCGUCGCGGGAUUGGGGUUUUGCGGGGGAUUACGUAGAGGCAAUGUGGAUGAUGUUACAGCAGGAUAAAGCGGAUGAUUACGUGGUGGCGACUGAGGAAUCGCAUAGUGUGGAGGAGUUUCUCGAGGUGGCGUUCGGGUAUGUGGGAUUGAAAUGGAGAGAUCAUGUGGUGAUUGAUAAGCGGUAUUUUAGACCGGCUGAGGUCGAUAAUUUGAGAGGCGAUUCGAGUAAGGCUCGGAAAGUUCUCGGUUGGAAACCUAAAGUCGGGUUUGAGCAGCUCGUAAAGAUGAUGGUUGAUGAGGAUGUUGAGUUGGCUAAGAGGGAGAAAGUUCUUGUUGAUGCCGGGUUCAUGGAUGCUCAACAACAACCUUGAUUCAAAUUCAUUGAUUAUGAUAUACCCCAACAUGUUUUUAUAAUUUAUCUAUCUUAUUGAAAUUUUGAAUGUAUUUCCUUUAUGUUUUAUUUGGAACAAAAUUCAGUGAAA